AAUACAGAGAGUAUCUGUUGUUGUGACACUAUAAAUGUUAGCUUAAAUAGUUACGUGUAAAGUAACUGUCUAACAUAUACACGGUGUACGGAGGCUAAUGGUUACAUGAACAGAAAACGCUAGCUUCACCGGGUCCUAUUAGUUCGAGCACAGAACAACUGAAUGAACAAUUCUGUGUGUUUAACGGAUUCUGACAAAAACAGCAAGUGAUGGAGUUUCCUGAAGAUUUCAACCAGCUUGAGCUUCUUAAUUCACAUGGACACUUGAUCCCCCGAGGGGCCAGCAGCCUUUGGACUGGAAGCAAAGAUGAGGAGGAAGAGGGGGACGAAGAGGAGGGGGACCGCAGUGAGGAGUGGUAUCUAGAAAAAGAAGAAAGUCUCAAAGACCAACCAAAGGUGCUCCUUCUGUGGGCAGCGGAAAACAAUCGCGUUUCAACUAUCCACAGGUUGUUGACUGCUGACCCAUUGCUGGUGAACUGCUGUGAUGAGGACGGAUACACACCACUGCAUCGUGCAGCGUACAAUGGCCACGUUAAUGUGGUUUCCGCUUUGAUCACUGCCGGGUCUAAGGUUAACCCUCGGACCAUUGACGGCUGGACGCCCCUUCACAGUGCCUGCCGGUGGAGCCGCGUUGCCGUGGCGAGUUUUCUCCUGCAACAUGGAGCCAAACUGAACGCCCAGACCAACGGUGGGCUCACGCCACUACACCUGGCCGCUUCCAACACCACCCCCUUCAGAACAGACUCUCCUCACACGUUAGAGCUCCUCCUGUCUCAGCGACACCUGAAGCCAGAGCUCCGCAGCAGCAGCGGGGAGACGGCCAGUGAGGUGGCCCGACGUACUGGCCCACAUCACGCCCUGUUUGAGAUGGUAGAAGACUGUGUCAAUGUGAUACCCAUCUCAUGAAUAUAAAAUCCCGGGUUCAGAUGUUCUUACUCUCGUCUUGUCUUUGCCAGGAAAAUGGACAGCAGGUAUAUGAAAAUUAAUGAUGUUAUACAUACAAGACAUGAACUUCAUCACAUUAGUUGCCAUACAUUACUUGGACUUGUAUUUAUACCAAGUGGCAACCUCCAGGCCUGAAAGAUGAAGUGAACAUGCGAGUGCCAAAAAAUGCUGUGUUUUUUUUUGUAUGUUUUUUUUGGAACAACCAGUUGAGGCUGGCUCUAGAAGUUAGUCAAUCCCUACAGAGACCCGUGUGAAAAUACUCAACUUUACAGAAGAAAUAAACAUGUUUACAUCCUGGUACAAAAGCAGUUUUGGUCCCAUAGCUAAUUUCCUUGUCCAUGACAGCUGUACAGGGUUAGAAUUUUUAUACAACUCACCCUUUCCAAUGUUAUCCAGGCUUAAAGUUAAGCAUAAUUACAGGUGUAGAUGCUUUGAGUGACACAUGGGUACCAUCUGUUGAGAAGUCACCACACAGUAACAACAUUUGUUAGAUUAUCCCACCUGGCAUUGGAUGUCAAUAGUACCUGGGAAAGACUUAAAAUUUUGGUUGAAAAUUGGGUUGGCAAUAUUUUAAAUGUCUAACAAUGGUAGGCUUUCACAUUGUAUGGAAGAUAACAUCAUGACGAUUUGUAAACAGGUUUUGACAUGAUGACACUGACAUGAGACAUUUGGAAGACGUUGGAUUUGGUGACUUAAUAACAACUUCAAACCAACCAAAUAUCAAAACAAAGUAUAACAUCAUCUAUCGUUAGCAUUCUACAAUUUUUUCACCUAAAGUUACAGCCUGAACGAGACCAAGUGGUAUAUACAGUAACAAUAACAAAUAGUUCUCAAUGAAGGCUCAAUCACGGAGGACGCUCAGCGAUCUCCUCCCCCCGCUCGUCUUGGACCUGGCCCAGGCCCAGCUGGUUCCUGCGUGGCAAAAGAAGAGAGGUGGAGUGACUUGGCAGAGGAGCUGUGGAUUAUGAUUAUUCUGCACAGCAUGCAUGGGAAUUAAAUAUAUUUGAAUGCAUUUCUUGCUUUUACCUUGAUGGUGUGAAUAAGUAACUAAAUCUGUUCCCCAGUACAAAUCCAAAGUUCAUUGUUUCAAGGUUAGUCUGUCAAGGCGAGUAUUCCCGCUCACUGAAAGUGUUUGGGGUGGCAUUGCUAUCGUUUUCUGAAUGUGGAACCUAAUUUGUAAAUGAUCUCUUCACUGAUGACCUAAGUUAACCUAUGAAUAACCCGUUUUUAGUCCAAUGAGGCAAAUGAACCAGAGGCUACUCGACAUAUGCAGCAGUUACACACCUCAAGAAACCUUCUGAGGCACUUAAGACACAUCUUAGCGGAGGCGAGUUUCUUUUGUCAAAGAGUGCUAAUGCUGUUGGAUUUACAAAAAGGAACUUUAACAAAUGUUUAUAAGUCAAUGACACAGUUUAAAUACCACAUUUUCUAAAGCACACAGAGUUGUGUUUUCGUUGAAGGAGUCCUUAAAGGACAACUUCGGUAUUUUUCAACCUGGGCUCUAUUUUCCCAUGUGUAUGUGUGC